AUGUCAACAAUGUCGACCCACCGCACUACCUCUACCAAAUCCGAAACAAUCAUGGCUUCUCAGAAUAGCCUCAUGAACAACUUGCCCUGGGAACUGAACACCUCAUGCAGCUCUUGCGGGUGCCAUCGUGUGGAAAAGCCUCGAGGUAGCUCAGUAUCGACGACCAGAACUAGGUCGGUCUCGACGGCACCGACGUCACCGAACUGGUCAGAGGCAGAAUGGUCGCCGGUCCCCAAAUUAAACCAGGAGCCCCGGCCCGAAUACACCAAGAUCGCCAACAACCUGAUGAGGGCCAUCGCGGACUACGUGGGUCACCUGCAGAACGAGCAUCUACCCAUGCCCAGCCUCGAGCCUGCUGCUGAAGCCCACGGCGUCCUCAAGCAUCACGAAGGCGUAGCGGCGCGCAAGACCGUUGUUGAACUGGCGGAAAAAAUUAUUGCAAUGACAAUGGACCCCGAAAUGAACCUUCUUAUCAGCUCCUUGCAGUUUCAUUUCUGCUCGUCGCUCAAGGUUGCCAUCGACCUAAAGAUCCAUCAACAUGUGCCUCGUCACGGAUCGAUUACUUCUUCAGAACUGGCCGCAAAGGUCGGUGCAGAUGAGAAUAUCUUGGUCCGAAUCAUGCGUGCCCUCAUCGUCAAACACGUCUUUUAUUCUCCCACACCCGGAACAUAUGCUCAUACGGCCAUGUCGUGGUGCAUGAUAAAAUCGCCCGACGCCAUUGAUCUUCUGGGUCACCGACUGGACGAAUCCUUCCGCGCUUCGAGCCGCCAAGCCGACGCGCUGGCAUUGGUCAACUACCGCGAGCCCGACGAAGCCGAUGUCAAGGGGUUCAAUCUGGCCUUUGGCACGACCGAAAACUUCUGGGAGGUCCUAAAGCACGACAGCGAGGAAGAGCGCGCACAGCGGUUCAACCGCGCCAUGAGGGCCGUCAGCCUCAACACGCUGGACGUAAUCCCGCGCAUGUACCCCUUUGACCGCAUUCGCGGAGACGGGCUGCUGGUCGACGUCGGCGGCGGUCUGGGCCAGGUUGCACGGGCCAUCAUGGGCGUGCACCGAGGAACCGGGCUGCGGAGCUGCAUUGUGCAGGACGCCCAUGCGGACGACGACGCCAAAAAACAGCCGGAUGUGAUGGAAGCGAACAGGAAACUCGGGGUGGAGCUGCAGAAACACAACUUUUUCGAUCAGCAGCCGGUGAAAGGCGCCUCGGUAUAUUUCCUUCGCCACAUUUUCCACGACUGGCCUGACCGGGCCUGCGUUAAAAUUCUCAAGCAGACGGUCGAAGCCAUGGGUAAGGACAGCACGUUGCUGAUUUGCGACCAGGUUGUAGACGACGAGGCGUCGCCCCAGGCCACGUUGUACGACAUUGAUAUGUGGUCGCUUUUCGGCGGUAAGGAAAGAAACCGGUCCGAGUGGGAAGCUUUAUUCCGGUCUGCCGACGAAAGGCUGUAUAUAAAAAAGGUGUGGACAACGGCCGAAGCCCCGACGACCAUAUUGGAAGUCUGCCUGUCCUAA